UAAUUUUUAAAAUUUUCUUUUUUUUUUCAUUUUUUUCAAAAUUAUUUAAUUUAAUAAUUACAACAGAAAAAAAAAUGGUUCACAAAAGAAAUGAAGGCAAGGAUGAUUGCUGCGAAAAAACACAUCAUGACAGUCAAUACUCUCCAGGUUACUAUUGGUUAGGUAAUGAUACUUUAAAAGUACCAUUAGUACUCCAUAAAGAAAACAGAGAAAGAUUAGUAUCAAGAAUGUUAACCAAUCAUAAAGAUACAAUUGAAAAGAAUUCAUUUAUUUUAUUAGAAGGUGGUAAAGAUGAAAUGUCAUAUGAUACUGACCACGAACCAUUAUUCAAACAAGAAAGAUACUUCUUUUGGACAUUUGGAUGUGAAAUUCCAGGUUGUUAUGGUUUAGUUGGAUUGGAUGAUAAAGCAACCUCUGUUUUAGCCAUUCCAAAGUUACCAGCAGACUAUGCCACAUGGAUGGGUGAAAUUCACAGCAAGGAAUAUUAUAAAUCCAUCUUUUUAGUAGAUCAUGUCAUCUAUACUGAAGAUUUACAAGAUUACCUCAAGGGCAAUAAUGCAUCAACUCUUUACACCAUUUUAGGUUUGAAUACCGAUAGUGGAGCAACAUUCAAAGAACCAGAAUUCCCAGGUAUGAAAGAAAACUUCAAAGUAAACAAUAGCGUUCUUUUCCCAGAGAUUGCUGAAUGCAGAGUCAUUAAAACUCCAAAAGAAGUCGAAGUUAUUCGUUAUGCAGUCGACGCAUCAGUAUCUGCUCACAAACACGUCAUGCGUACUGUUAAAGUAGGAAUGAAAGAAUAUGAAUGUGAAAGUGAAUUCGUUCAUCAUGCAUAUAAAAACUGGGGUUGUAGAAAUGUAGGUUACACCUGUAUUUGUGCUGCCAAUAAAAACUCUGCCGUACUUCACUAUGGUCACGCUGGUGAACCAAAUGCAUCAACCAUCAGCGAACAUGGCUUCUGUCUCUUUGAUAUGGGUGCCGAAUAUCAUUCAUACACCGCCGAUAUCACCUGUUCAUUCCCAGCCACCGGUAAAUUCUCUCCAGAGCAACGUGUUAUCUAUAAUGCUGUAUUAGAUGCAUCCGUAGCCGUCAUCCAAGCAAUGAGACCAGGUGUCAAUUGGAUCGAUAUGCACAAAUUAGCCGAACGUUGUAUUUUAGAAGCUCUCUUAAAAGCAAAUAUCCUCAAAGGUGACUUACUCGAUUUAGUUAAAAAUGGUAUUGGCUCUGUAUUUUUCCCACAUGGUUUAGGUCAUUUCCUUGGUCUCAAUACUCACGAUGUUGGUGGUUUUGUCGGUGAUUGCAAACCAAAAACAAACUCACUCAGAACCACUCGUGAUCUUAAAGCCAACAUGGUCAUCACCGUCGAACCAGGUUGUUAUUUCAUUAAACAUCUCUUAACUCAAGCCUUAGCCGAUCCAAUCAAAGUUCAAUUCUUUAAUCAACAAGAAUUACAAAAGUAUGUUAAUAUUGGUGGUGUUCGUAUCGAAGAUGAUGUUUUAGUAACUGAAAAUGGUUGUGAAAAUCUUUCAAAAGAUUUACCAAGAACAUGUGAAGAAAUUGAAGAAUUUAUGAAAAAAUAUUAAAUUAUCCACAUUUUAUUAUUUUUCCAAGAUUUAAAUAAAAAGAAAAAUUACAUUUU